CUCCCAAAUAGAUCUCAUCUAUAUAUUCUUGAAUUCGACUCUGAUCUGUAUAAGUUAAUAUGUAUAUUUAUUUCUUCCUGCGGUAUACCUAAUUCAGCAGUACCAGAAAUCAGAAGAGAUGUCUCGUACUGUUUCCCCGUGUGCCGCUUGCAAGGUUCAGCGAAGAAAAUGUGGAGAUAAAUGCCUCCUCGCUCCUUAUUUCCCACCAAACGAUCCUCAAAAAUUCUUCGUAGUACACAAAUUAUUUGGAGCAAGCAAUAUUGCCAAAAUCCUUCGGGAUAUUCCGGCUGAAAAGAGAGCAGAUACUGUGACAAGCCUGGUAUAUGAGGCAAGUGUGAGAGUGAAAGAUCCAAUCUACGGUUGCACUGGUGCCAUUUGUCGAUUGCAGAAGCAAGUAUUACAUCUCCAAUCACAACUGGCAACCACUAAGGCAGAGAUCCUGGAUGUACAGGCUAAUCUUGCGUCUUUUGUCACCGUGUUCUACAGAUUUAGGAUUUAGCCAUGCACCUGGAUCUGAGAAAUUUGAGAUAAUUCGGAGCUGCUUUGCGUGAUCCAACAAAAGUUGCAAGAACCGUGUGUCUAGACAGGGGCGCCCUCCUAUAGGUCUUCCAAACAUUCCAUGCGUCAAAAAGGGUUUUUCUGCCUCUAUGAAUAAAGCUUAAUUCUUUGCACACCUAUUUUUUGUACACAAAAAGGAAGGGAAAUGUGUUUAGCAUAGGGGUUUGUCUUCAAAUCAAACCCCAAUUUUUGAAUUAACCAAGUGGUUGAAAUAAUGUAAAUGAAAUGACAGAAAGUAGAAAUC